UGGAACCAUCUUCCCCUCCACUCCACAGGUCUCCAGUCUCCUCUCUCUCCUGUCAUCUGAGAAUCUCUCCGGCAGCUUAUCUAGGGUUCACUGUUUAUCCUGCGCAGCCUGGCCACUGUCCGCAUGCCCAGGAUUAUUACUGGAGCCUCCUUUCAACACACACACGGACAUACACACAACUUUUUUUUAUCGAACUCUUAUCAAGGAGACGAAUUUGGGAGCUGUGUGUUUGCAUGCGAUGGAUCACACACUCUUUGGCUGCCUCCGCAGCCCCCAUGCCACUGUGCAGGCCCUGCACCCUGCCUUCACCCAGUCUCCACUGACUCUCCACGGACGCACGGACCACGUCUCCUACCCUGACCUGGCCUCUUCCACCGCCACCUCCUCUCCUUCGGCCUGCAUCAUCUCCGGCUAUCCCGGUGACGAGGGCCUGUUCGGCGGGCAUCACCACCAUCACCGUGGGCAUCACCCGGCACAGCAACAGCAGCAUCACCCGCCUCAGCACCAGGCUGGCUGGCACAUUCCACAGAUGCCCUCUCCUGGCAAUGCGAGCUCCCGCCACAACCUCUGCCACCCCCACCCCCACCCCCACUCUCACUCGGCCCAGGACAGUGCCCUCGCACCCCCAGACCUAGGCACCCCUGGCAGGAACAGUCUCUGUGCCAGCACCCCCAACCUGGGCAGCAGCACCCCCACAGGGGCCAAUUGUGUGCCUGCAGACUUUGGAAGACAGACACUAUCACCUGCUGAGGCAGAGAAGAGAAAUAGCAAGAGGAAAAGUGACAGCUCAGAGUCCCAAGACGGGAAUUACAAGUCAGAUGUGAGCAGCAAACCCAGGAAGGAGCGGACGGCGUUCACCAAAGAGCAAAUCCGUGAGCUGGAGGCCGAGUUCGCCCAUCACAACUAUCUGACGAGACUGAGGCGCUACGAGAUAGCAGUCAACCUCGAUCUCACAGAGAGACAAGUAAAGGUGUGGUUCCAGAACAGGAGGAUGAAGUGGAAACGAGUAAAAGGAGGUCAACAGGGGACUGUAGCGAGGGAAAAAGAACUGGUGAACGUGAAAAAGGGGACAUUGCUGCCGUCCGAAUUCUCCAGCAUAGCGGCUCUUCAUCACUCCACAGACUCCCUGGCCAAUGAGGACAGUCACGAAAGCGACCAGAGUUCUGAGCAUGCUCACUUAUGAUGCACAGCAGCAGGCCACUCCUCCGCAAAGUGGGUUCAGCCUCACAUCUCAGGAACGUCCUUAAAAGGACAUGUUAUCUGGUCAUCAUUAGCAAAGUUUAACGAUGUUAAAUAAAUGUGUACAAAUGUACAAAGAAAUGACGUGUGUUACUUGAUCUAAGAAGAUACAUGUUAGGACGUUGGUUAAACCAAACUAAGAUCACCAAUACGUUUCAAGAACUGCAAACCCAACACAGGAAUAUGAGAUAUUGCAAAAGGUCAAUUUAAUUUUACUAGGCAAGUCAGUUAAGAACAAAUUCUUAUUUUCAAUGACGGCCUAGGAACAGUGGGUUAACUGCCUGUUCAGGGGCAGAACGACAGAUUUGUACCUUGUCAGUUCGGGGAUUUGAACUUUCAACCUUUCGGUUACUAGUCCAACGCUCUAACCACUAGUCUACCCUGCCACCCCAAUGCACAUUAAGCAUAGGUUACGAACGUGCCUGCACUCAACAUUGCUCUUGGAAGCAGAACAUUUUCUUUGAAUAUUAGGAUAGAAUCAGAAUUGGUCGAAUUGUUAUGAACAUUCCAUGUUGUGUAUCUUACAUUGAAAAAGGGGCAUGUUCAUGCUUUUGAUUUGCACUGUUGAACACUUGCCUCAAUUGGUUUCUACUGUUUGUCAUAAAAAUUGCGAUGUAAUCAAAUUAUUAUCAAGUGUGCAGGAGAAUCAAAUUUGCUCAGCUAAUAUACAGUAUACUCUGAACUUAAUUAUCUGUCAUUUUCUUACCUUCGCUCUAGCAAUACUUUCUAAUACACACUAUACCACUCACACAGUAAUAAACAUUUCUGAUGUU